CCGGGAAGAUAAAAGCAGUAUUUCUUACCCCAUUCCGCCAUUUUUGUUUUACAUCAUUCUACUUCCAAAUUCACACACAGAUCUUCUUCUUCUACACAUAAUUAUCUUGAAUCUUGAUCCUUCUUCACCCACCCAGUUAUACAGAUCUCAAUCAGAGUUCAUUUCGAAUGAUGUCUACUCCAAAACCCACUUCAAGAUUCAUCUAUCUCACAAUAAUCCUUCUCCUUUCACUCACUUUUAUCAUUAAUUCAAAAGCCAACGAAGAUUCCGACGACAUUGAAGAUCUUAUAGCAUUAGACGAAGAAGAAGAAGAACAGUCGUCACCAGCAAGCGACGGAACCCACCACCCUAAACCGUCGUCUGAGGCGGAGCUGUUGACCAAAGCUCAAAGAAUAGUUCUGGAACUCAAUAAUGAUAAUACCCAGAUGGCUAUCGAUCGAAAUGAGUUUGUUUUAGUUCUGGGUUAUGCACCUUGGUGUGUUAGAAGUGCUGAACUCAUGCCUAGGUUUGCAGAAGCUGCUAGUUCUUUGAAUGAACUGAAGAAUCCCAUUUUAAUGGCAAAGAUUGAUGCUGAAAGGUACCCAAAAGUAGCUUCGAAUCUUGGGAUCAAAGGGUAUCCAACUUUGCUUCUUUUCAUCAAUGCCACUUCUCAAUCUUAUACGGGUGGAUUUUCAUCGGAAGAAAUGGUGAUUUGGGUAAGGAAGAAGACUGGUACACCUGUUAUUAGAAUCAACUCCAUUGAUGAAGCUAAUGAUUUCCUCAAGAAACAUUCUGUGUUUGCAGCUGGUUUAUUUGAUAAAUUUGAGGGACCUGAUUACGAAGAAUUUGUAGACGCAGCAACUACAGACAACGAGAUUCAAUUUGUUGAAACGAGCAGCCCCCAAAUUGCCGAUAUUUUAUUUCCAGAUGUGAAAUCUACUAACGCAUUUCUUGGUAUUGUUAAAAGUGAGCCAGAACGAUACACUUUAUAUGAAGAUGCUUUCACGAAGGACGGGAUUCUGCAAUUUUUGAACGAUAACAAGUUCCCGUUGGUCACUUUCCUGACCGAAGUGAAUUCUGCCAAAGUUUACUCCAGUGAUAAACUUCAGGUUUAUGUCUUUGCCGAAGCUGAUGAUUUCAAGAAAUUACUAGAGCCAUUUCAAGAUGCCGCUAGGAAGUUCAAAUCAAAGAUUAUGUUUGUAUUUAUAGACAUCAAAGACGACAACCUUGCAAAGCCGUUCCUAACUUUAUUUGGGUUGGAAGAAUCAGAAGAGACUCUUGUGACGGCCUUCGAUUACAAAAGUGGUGCCAAGUAUUUGUUAGAGUCGGAUCCAACGCCCGCAAGAAUAGAAGAGUUUUGCUCGAGGCUUCUAAAGGGUACUUUGCCGCCGUUCUACAAGUCCCAAGCAAUACCAGAUAAUAAAGGUGCAGACGUUCUAACCGUUGUUGGGAAAACAUUUGAUGACUUGAUCCUAAGAAGCUCUAAGAACAUCGUUCUAGAGAUACACACACCAUGGUGCUUGAGCUGUGAAACUACAAGCAAACAAGUAGAGAAGUUGGCAAAACACUUCAAGGGGUUGGAAAAUAUGGUUUUCGCAAAGAUUGACGCGUCUGUAAACGAGCACCCGAAAUUGGAGGUGGACGAUUAUCCAACAUUGUUGUUCUACCCUGGGAGCAACAAGUCGAAUCCGAUCAAGAUGCCUACAAAGUCUAGUGCCAAGGAUUUGGCAAUACUGAUCAACAAACAUCUAAAAGCAGAGGCAGAGGCACAGGAUGAGCAGCAAAUUCCAAAAGAUGAGCUUUAGGCAUAUGAUUAGAAUGAGAGCAUACAUAGCACAUUUUAGAUGAUGAUGGUUUAGGUUUAUUGACCCUCCCACAUGUACAAUUAACUAUAAAUUGGUUUUAAGAGUAAACCCCAGAGUUCAUUAAGCCACUG